AUGGAGCCAGGUAGUUUUAGGCUUAGCAUACUGGCUGAUAGAGCUAUCCUCGAGCGAGUGCUAGAUAGCCUAAUCAGGGAUACUGCUCUCUAUUCCCAGCUCAACUCCAGGCAGGAAAUAGGAUAUACGGCCAAUUCGCAAUAUAACGAGCCAGGACGGAGCUGGAUCUAUAAUUUCGAGCCCGAGUUAUCAUUCAAGGAAGUGAUAAACUACGCGCUUGUCUCUCGCCAGUGGCUUGAUAUUCUGAAGCCUUAUGUUUGCAGUACGAUAUAUGUGCGCAGCCGUCCUCCAUAUCCGAUCGACCAGCAGCUUGGAGGGAGGCUGACAAAGCUGCUAAGACGCAAGCAGUCUGCAAAGAAGACGUAUCCCUGGGUAUCAAACAUACAGCCCAUUAUUGCCAUGGGCGGGGAAUCGUAUGUGCAGCGGAUAUGCAUUGACGAUUACGACACAGUCAAACCGCCUGUUCUUCCUAGGCUUUUGGAUGGGGUUGGCUUUGGAACGAGGGUUUGGGAAAACAUCUCGGUUUGCUCACUCUCUGGCUUUUUCCUUUUGUUUCACACGAAGCUCUCAGACGCGGAGGUCGUUGAGUCCACGUGCAGGUAUCUGCGAGCCACUUGUCCUUCAUUGAAGGACUUCAACAUCAGUCGUACACAUGGCAUUUGUGGCGAUAAUGCGCAUGGGCGGGGCAAGGCGAUUGUAGCACUGGAGGCAAAGUUUUCUGCGCUCACCAGCCAAGCUCUUUGA